UUUGCUUUCAUUCUGCUCUGUACCUCCUGAUGAGAACCAUCGCCCCAGAAGGCUGAAGCAGGUUCCUGAAGGACCCAUUGGUAUCAGGAUGUUUUCAAUAGUUAAGAACAAGGAGAUUUCCCAUGAGGCUCUUUUGAAUCUCUUCAAGCAAAAUAAGGUGGAGAUAGCAAAUGCAAUAACAAAGCCAUUUCCUUUCCUUGAAAGCCUCAGAGACCGCUCCUUUAUCACGGAAAAAAUCUAUAAAGAUUCUCAAGAAGCCCAUAAAAACUUGGUUCCUGUAGAGAGAGUGGUGUAUAAUAUUCUCUGCUACCUCGAGAAGACCUUUGAUAGGUCACUUCUACAAGUCCUGUUCAGCAGGGUUCAUCUGAAGGAGUAUCCUGAUUUAAUUCAUGUUCAUAGAAUCUUCGAAAAUGUAAGUGAAGACAAAUAUUUUCCCCAGAAAAAUGAUAGUGAAGAGACACAAAACCUGCCCAACACUGGGCCAAACUCUGAACAAGCACUCGAUGAAUUUACACUUUUAAGAAUGAAAGAGAGGAAGUCAGAGAUGGUGUGUAUCCCGCUGAAUGAUGGGCAAGGUUUCAGCGGUGAAUCCAGUGAGGAGGAAGGGCCCCCUGAAGCUCUGAGCUCUGCAGGAUGCCAAGGGCCAGAGGAAGAGGGUGAGGACGAGGAGGGUGAAGACGACCACUUUGGGCUAUAGACCCUUAGGCGUCUGCAUUCAGAGCUCCUGCUUCCUGACGUGCCCUCCUUUCAGUGCGCUCUACAGCCAAUGGUCCUGUCAACACUCCCAACACAUUUCCUGUAUUUACCACUUGUGCCAUUUUGGGAAAUAUGAAGACCAAAUAUGAAGACAGGGUCUUGGUCACUAAAUAUGUGUAUUCAGAUACAAACGUUACAGUAGAAAUAAACUAGAAUAUUUCUGUUUGUUUAUUUUUCCUUUCACGUGAUCAUGCCUAUUGUGAUAGAAUAAAAAAUAGGUAUUUAGUCUUUAUCCCUAGUUGCUGGCACAGAGCUCCUCAAACCCUUGGAAUUUCCCCAGUGGUAAGAGUGUCUCCAUGACAAUUAAAGGGUUAGAACUUUCAGUUC